GACAUGGAGAAUAAAGAAACCCUCAGGGGACUGCAGAAGAUGGAUGACCGCCCAGAAGAGCGUAUGAUCAGGGAGAAACUUAAGGCAACAUGUAUGCCAGCCUGGAAGCAUGAAUGGUUGGAAAGAAGAAGCAGGAGGGGACCUGUGGUGGUGAAACCUAUUCCUGGGAAAGGGGAUGGAUUGGAAUCGAACAAAAUCUCUCUAGAACCUCAAGUUGAAGGACAAAGCACUGCUACUUCACCUACGCAGAAAGGAAGACGUAGUCCUUCUCCUAGUAGCUCUUCUUCAUCAUCUUCAAGGACAGUUAAAUCUGAAUCACCAGGUGUUAGAAGAAAAAGGGUAUCUCCAGUGCCUUUUCAGAGUGGACGAAUAACACCACCUCGACGAGCCCCAUCUCCAGAUGGCUUCUCUCCAUACAGCCCUGAGGAAACAAAUCGUCGUGUCAACAAAGUUAUGCGAGCCAGGCUGUACUUGCUGCAGCAGAUAGGACCAAACUCUUUCUUAAUUGGAGGAGAUAGCCCUGAUAAUAAAUACAGAGUGUUUAUUGGGCCUCAGACUUGUAGCUGUGGCCGUGGGACGUUUUGUAUUCAUCUGCUGUUUGUCAUGCUACGGGUGUUCCAGCUUGAACCCUCAGACCCAAUGCUCUGGAGAAAGACACUGAAGAACUUUGAGGUUGAGAGUUUGUUCCAGAAAUAUCACAGUAGGCGUAGCUCGAGGAUCAAAGCUCCAUCUCGUAACACCAUCCAGAAGUUUGUCUCACGCAUGUCAAAUUCUCAUACAUUGUCAUCAUCUAGUACUUCUACAUCUAGUUCAGAAAACAGUAUGAAGGAUGAAGAAGAACAGAUGUGCCCCAUUUGUUUGUUAGGCAUGCUGGAUGAAGAGAGCCUAACUGUGUGUGAAGAUGGCUGCAGGAACAAGUUACACCACCACUGCAUGUCAAUAUGGGCAGAAGAAUGCAGAAGAAACAGAGAGCCACUUAUCUGUCCUCUUUGUAGAUCUAAGUGGAGAUCUCAUGAUUUCUAUAGUCAUGAAUUGUCAAGCCCUGUGGAUUCUUCUGUUCUCCGUGUGGUUCAGCAACAACAAUCUAUAGCUGGAUCACAGAGAAGAACCCAAGACAGCAACUUUAACCUUACUCAUUACGGGGUCCAGCACAUUCCUUCUGCCUACAAAGAUUUAGCUGAGCCGUGGAUUCAGGUGUUUGGAAUGGAGCUAGUUGGCUGCUUGUUUUCUCGAAACUGGAAUAUACGAGAGAUGGCACUUAGACGUCUUUCCCAUGAUGUUAGUGCUGCUCUGUUACUGGCUAAUGGUGAAAGCACUGGAAAUUCUGGAAGUAGCAAUGGAAACAACACAAGUGCUGGAGCUCUGGGAGCAGCUAGUGGGUCAUCUCAGACCAGUAUCUCAGGAGAUGUGGUGGUGGAAUCCUGCUGCAGUGUGCUGUCCAUGGUCUGUGCUGACCCUGUCUACAAAGUGUAUGUUGCUGCUUUAAAAACUUUAAGAGCCAUGCUGGUGUAUACCCCCUGUCAUACUUUGGCAGAGAGGACUAAACUACAGCGACUUCUCAAGCCAGUUGUAGAGACGAUAUUAGUUAAAUGUGCAGAUGCCAACAGUCGAACAAGUCAACUUUCAGUCUCAACACUAUUGGAGAUGUGUAAAGGUCAAGCAGGCGAGCUGGUAGUUGGAAGAGAAAUACUUAAAUCUGGGUCCAUUGGUAUUGGUGGUGUUGAUUAUGUCUUAAAUUGUAUUCUCGGAACACAAACUGAAUCUAGCAACUGGCAAGCGCUACUGGGGCGACUUUGUUUAAUAGACAGACUUUUGUUGGAGUUUCCUGGGGAAUUUUUUCCCCACAUUGUCUCUGGGGAUAUUUCACAGGCUGAUACCGUAGUAGACAGGUAUAAGAAACUUCUCUCGCUGUUAACUUUCGCCUUGCAGUCAAUUGACAAUUCCCACUCAAUGGUUGGUAAACUAUCACGGAGAGUAUUUUUGAGUGCAGCAAGAAUGGUGGCAAGAGUGCCUCAUGUUUUUGUAAAGCUGUUAGAAAUGCUGAGUGUGACAAGCUCAACUCAUUAUGCAAGGAUGCGUCGACGUCUGAUGGCAAUAGCAGAUGAAAUGGAAAUUGCAGAAGCCAUCCAGCUAGGCAUGGAAGAAUUGCACUCUGGGGAUUGUCGACAUGAAGACUUCUUGCAGCUGCCUGUACCAGAUAACUCUCCAGAAGCUACAGAAAGUAAUACUCCUAACAAUACUGUCCAGUUAUCAGGGAAAAGUGGGAAAGGUUUAAGUGAUAAAAAACCAAGUGCCGGUCCAGAGGACAUUGCUGAGGCACUGGCUGGCCUUGCUGUGGGAGUUCCUGUUUCAUCAAUAACCACUGAGCAACCAAAGCCAGCCAUUCAAACUAAAGGAAAACCCCACAGUCAGUGUUUGAACUCUCCUCCCUCGUCCAGUCAUUCCCAGUCACUAUUCCCAAUGCUUCCGUCUCCUUCAAACUCAUCUGUACCAGCUGGCACUGUAACAGAUGUCUCUAAACCCAGACCUCAGGGAUUCAUUCCCUGCAAAAUCCCCUUGCCUUCUCCUCAAACACAGCGGAAACUUUCUCUCCAGUUUCAGAGAAACGGUUCUGAAAAUAAAGAAGCAGAGAAACUUUCUCCAGUUUUUACCCAAGCCAGGCCAUUGCCAUCCAGUCACAUACACAGGCCAAAGCCAUCACGACCAACCCCAAGUGAUGCAAGUAAGCAGGGAGAAACAUUAAAAAACAGUAUGACGCUUGACCUGAGUGAUAUUUCACAGUGUCAUGGCAAUAGUAGUAGUAGCAGUGCAGUUAUACCAAGUGAGGAAACAGUGUUCACACCAGUAGAUGAAAACUGUCAAUUGGAUGUUAAUGCGGAGCUCAAUUCCAGUAUUGAGGACCUUCUCGAGGCCUCCAUGCCAACGAGUGAUGGCACAGUUACAUUCAAGUCUGAAGUUGCAGUUCUUUCUCCGGAGCGGGCAGAAAAUGAUGAUACGUACAAAGAUGAUGUAAAUCAUAAUCAAAAAUGCAAGGAGAAGAUGGAAGCUGAAGAGGAAGAAGCUUUAGCUAUUGCUAUGGCAAUGUCAGCGUCUCAAGAUGCCCUGCCAGUAAUUCCCCAGCUACAGGUUGAAAAUGGUGAAGAUAUCAUAAUCAUUCAGAAGGAUACACCAGAAACCCUGCCUGGACAUACCAAAGCAAAACACCAUUACAGAGAAGAUGCAGAAUGGCUUAAAGGUCAGCAAAUUGGUCUCGGAGCUUUCUCUUCCUGUUACCAAGCUCAAGAUGUAGGAACGGGGACAUUAAUGGCUGUAAAACAGGUGACAUAUGUCAGGAACACAUCGUCUGAGCAAGAAGAGGUAGUUGAAGCACUAAGAGAAGAAAUCAGGAUGAUGAGUCACCUGAACCAUCCUAACAUUAUUCGCAUGUUGGGUGCUACAUGUGAGAAGAGCAACUACAAUCUCUUUAUUGAAUGGAUGGCAG